ACAGGAAUUUACUUGGCAGGUUGCUACGCGGGUGGGUGCACUGAACACUGGGGGCGAUGAGGGUUUCUUUCCUGGUGAUCAUUUACAUGUAACUAUCUCAUCAUUUUAAUUGUGGGUUUGAUUGCAAAUAAUUAUUCGCAUAAAUUUAGCCCUUGCACAUUUUCUACAUGGAAGGCUCAUUCCCUCGUGCGGUGUGUGUGUUGAAAGGAGCGGAAGUAUCUGGCAAAAUCUUCUUCAUUCAGCAGGCUGACGGCAUGUCUACAAAGAUCACCGGACAAGUAAUGGGAUUAAAACAAGGUCUUCACGCAUUUCACAUUCAUGAGUACGGUGAUAACACAAGUGGGUGCUCAAGUGCCGGACCUCACUUCAACCCUUUCAAGAAGCCUCAUGGUGGACCAGAUGACACUGAACGGCACUUGGGUGACCUCGGGAACAUGCUCGCCGAUGCCAACGGAGUAGCCAACUUGAACAUGGAAGACAAGAUGAUCCGCUUAGAUGGACCUCAUUCCAUUCUAGGUCGCGCCCUGGUCAUCCAUGCGGACCCCGACGAUUUUGGGCGUGGAGGGGAUGCAAAUAGCCGGGAAACCGGAAAUUCGGGAGCCAGACUAGCAUGUGGAAUAAUUGGCCUAGCCCCACCUCAUCAAUCAAAUAUAUGAAAUUAUCUGUAUUGUGCCAAUGAAACAACUUGUACCGAUUGUAUUUUAAAUUUAUUUAUUGAAGGGUGUUCUAUGUACGUCAGUUAUUCUUUAUCUCAGUCCAUCAACCACAUCAUGUAUUCUCCAACUAAAUUUAUAUUUGGGAUUCCUGAACUUCUUUUAAUGGGAUCUUACAUUCUUACUGCGUGAUUUAGAGUCUAACGUUCAGCUAAAUACUUCAGGACAGCUUUUGUAGCACGUUUUCAAGAGUGAAAAUUUUGUUGAAGAAGACUUGUGCU